AAGAAAUGCUUGUCAUCUAGCACCUCAAAACCAUUCUCUCUUAUCACCCUCACCCAAUGGAUGACCAACUUUCUCCACCACCCAUCAAGAUUAUAAUAGACUCCCCUCCCACCACCAACCACCAACCCAACCAAAAUGCCAAACACUCCAUUCUACCAAAGUUACAAGCCUGCCACUUUACCAUAACCCUCUCCCUUGGCGCCCAAGCCUUGCUAUGGAAAACUCUGAUCGACCACCACACCAUCUCCCCACGCCCUCUCCACCGCGUGUCCCCCACUCUCCCCUCCACCACCUUCCACUUACUCUGGUACCUCACUCUAGCCACCCAACUCGCACUCUCUCUCCUCUACUUUCUAAAAUUCAUUUUCCACCCCAACAUGGUAAAAUCAGAACUCUCUCACCACGUUGGCGUCAACUAUUUAUUCGCUCCCACCACUUCAUGGCUAAUUUUGCUAGUUUCCUCGCCGUUUUUCGCCUCGAAAACAAUCUCAUACCAGAUUCUCUGUUGGGUGUUUGCGGUACCGUUGUUGAUUCUCGACGUGAAGGUCUACGGGCAGUGGUUUACGUCGGAAAAGCGGUUUUUAUCGGUGUUUGCCAAUCCCACGAGUCAAUUAUCAGUUAUAGGGAACUUGGUGGUCACGUUGGCCGCGGCGGAGAUGGGGUGGAGGGAGUUUGCGAUCUGUGUGUUCACCUUGGGGGCCGCACAUUAUUUAGUCCUGUUCGUGACUCUUUAUCAGCGGUUGUCCGGCGGUUGUCAGACACCGGCACGGCUGCGGCCGGUUUUCUUCUUGUUUGUGGCGGCGCCGAGCGUGGGGAGCUUGGCUUGGAAGUCUAUAAGUGGAACAUUCGAUGUGGCCAGCAAAAUGCUCUUCUUUUUGGCCUUGUUCCUUUUCAUAUCCCUGGCUUGCAGGCCAUUGUUUUUCAAGAAAUCAAUGAAAAGGUUCAGUGUUGCAUGGUGGGCUUACUCUUUUCCUGUAUCCUUCCUCGCUCUGGCCUCUGCAGAGUACGCGAAACAAGUGAAUGGCAUUGGAGCACCCGGAUUAACGUUCAUUUUAUCAUCGCUCUCCAUUCUGGUUUUCCUUUGCGUAAUGGUAUUUACUGCACUCAAUACUGAUUUACUUCUAAGCGAAAACGAUGUAUGUUUUUUCACCAGCAGUUUAGGAACAAAAACUUAAGACUUCAUGGCAUGAGGGGAUGGCCAAUCCCAAUACCAACAGGUAAAAAUACAUGUAUACUAAUGAGCCUCUGGGAUGGCCAAUCCCAAUGUAAAUCCAUUACUGUGUUUUCUACCUUAAUAGCUCAGCAAACUGACGCCACUU